UCUCCGAGACUCCAACUAUAUAUAAGUAAAGACAAUUGUUUAGGAGAAACACACAGAAAACGAGAAAGAACGAGAAGAUUCGAUUUAGAAAAAGUAAUAAGAAUGUUGCUGGUGACGGUAUUGGCCGAGAUGUUGAAGGACUACACGGUGGUACUCGCCGGAGCUUUGGAGUACCUCUUCUCUCAGGCACCUUUUCCGAGGAGAAUUCGACUUCAUAUUUUAUAUUCUCUUCCUUUCCAUCGCUCUUCCUCUCACCCUCUUCUCCUUCCUUCUCCUCCUCUUCCUUACACUCCUACUUUGUAACCCAGAAUCUUGAUGUGUUCUUUCUUUCUUUGACUUUAUGAUUUUUCUUUGAGUUGAGUUGUGUAAUCCAGAGCCUUCGUUGUAAAUAAGAUCUUUCCAAUUAAUGCAUCCUUUUGUUGAAAACACACAAAAGAAACAAGUUACAGAGCUUUGUUGGUAUCUCCUUUUCUUUCUUGAAUUGAUCUGUUAAAGAAGAUUUUUGUAUUGAAAACCUUUAUGAGAAGAAGACUGUCCUUUUGUU